AUGGCCGCUUUCGGCAGGGUGUACAACUUUUCGGCGGGCCCCGCUGUCUUGCCUAUCGAGGUCCUGCAGGAGGCCCAGGCCGAUCUCCUCAACUAUGGCGGCAGCGGCACGUCGGUGAUGGAGAUGUCUCACCGAAGCAAGGCGUUCGAAGGGAUCAUCAAGGCCGCGGAGGCCGACCUGCGCACCCUGCUCUCGAUCCCCGACAACUACAAGGUCUUGUUUCUUCAGGGCGGCGCGUCGACGCAGUUUGCGACGCUCGUGCACAACCUGACCGCGGUCGGCGAUGUCGCUGACUACGUCGUGACCGGCGCCUGGAGCAAGAAGGCCUAUGAGGAGGGCCUCAAGCUCGGCGUCAAGGCCAACCUGGCGGCCAAGGGCGACAACAAGUCGAUCCCCGCUGUGGACGGCUGGAAGCUCAGCCCUGACGCCAAGUUUGUGCACUACUGCGACAACGAGACCAUCGGGGGCGUGGAGUUCCAGGAGGCGCCCGAGGUGGGGGACCGCGUGCUGGUGGCCGACAUGUCAUCCAACUUCCUGUCAAAGCCCGUGGACGUCUCAAAGUACGGCAUCAUCUACGCCGGCGCCCAGAAGAACGUGGGCCCCGCGGGCGUGGUGAUCGCCAUUGUGCGGGACGACCUGCUGGGCAACACGCGGUGA